AUGAGUCAAUACGUCAAUGUGCCCAAGUCCGAUCUGGACGAGGCGCAGAUCCGUGAGCUGGAGCAGUACGAGAUCUCGCAGGGCCCACUCUCGGUGCUCCAACAGGCUGUGCGCAACCACUCGCAAGUGCUCAUCUCGCUGCGCAACAACAAGAAGCUGCUAGCGCGUGUCAAGGCGUUUGAUCGUCACUCGAACAUGGUGCUGGAAAACGUCAAGGAAAUGUGGACGGAAGUGCCGAAAUCGAAAAACAAAAAGCCGAUCAACAAAGACCGCUUUAUCUCCAAGAUGUUUUUGCGUGGCGACUCUGUCGUCCUGGUCCUGCGCAACAUUGCGUAG